AUGUUCGCCAAGCUCGCCUCGACGACUGCUGUGCGCGCUGUGCCGCGCAUCUUUGCCUCGCGCGCUGCGCCGAUCGCUGUUGCGACGGCUGCGGGUGUCGCUGGUGCCUCGCUGUUCGCUGCGCCGCGCGUGCAGCUCGAGGGCCCGCGCACCAUCGCCGGUGAGUACAAGACCGCUGGCGAGCGCAGCUUCAUCAUGAUCAAGCCGGACGGCGUGAGCCGCCAGCUGGUCGGCAAGAUCAUUGACCGCUUCGAGUCGCGCGGCUACAAGCUCGUCGCGAUCAAGUCGGUCGUGCCGUCGGAGGAGCUCGCGCGCGAGCACUACGCGGACCUCGCCGCGCGCCCCUUCUUCCCGUCGCUCGUCCAGUACAUCACGCAGGGCACGCCCGUGAUUGCGAUGGUCUGGGAAGGCAAGGACGUCAUCCGCCAGGGCCGCCGCAUGGUCGGCGCGACGAACCCGCUCGAGGCGGACCCUGGCUCGGUGCGUGGCCAGUACGCUGUGAGCGUCGGCCGCAACAUCAUCCAUGCCUCGGACGGCUUUGACUCGGCGACCAAGGAGAUUGGCCUCUGGUUCCACGAGAAGGAGCUCGCUGCAUACGAGCCGAUCACCUGGUCGCAGGUCAUGGCCGACAACUAA